AUGUUCUGGGGAUUCUGCGAAGCCAUCGACUUAAUCGACGAAUACCACAAACAUGUCGAUCCCUCAAAAUCCUCUUUUGACAUCCUCUUGUACGGCGGCGGAGAUCCUCGUUUCAUCCUCAGCAUCAUCGCAAAGUCCUACAAAAGAAACGUCUCCGUCAACAUUUACCUCGUCGAGGGCUGCAUUGAGCUCGUAGCUCGUUACAUGCUUCUCCUAUCGAUUGCCUUGGAGCCUCCCGAAGAGCUCAGCAUCAAAGCCAAAACUCAUCUUUACAUGGAUUUAUUCGGAAAUGCGCUCCUUCGCCCGGCUUCGCAUCAGUACAUGUGCAGCAAAGCCUUAGUUUUACGAAAAAUCCUCACAGAACCCGAAUUUGGCGAACAAUUUGCUCCAAUUUUCAAUUUUGAGCAUCUCAAGUACAAAGAACGCGAUCAACUGGAAAACGCUUUUGAGUUUUGGACCAAUAAACCGAGUUACGUCUUCGAUAUUCGGAAAUAUUGGAACAAUCGGGUGCGUCACGAGCUCGCUAGUCGAUACGAUACCCGCUCCGGAGCAUUCGAUUGGGAUCUUCAGAUGCGUCUGAAGGAAUAUGGAGGCAAAACUAUCACAUCGCAGGAGUACAACAGCUUCCGAGAUAACGGAAUUGCCUUUACUUUUCCCGAAUUUGAGCAAACUCACCCGAAUAAAACGUUCGCAGUGGCUCUGCAGAAGAACGGAAACACCUUUUUCCAUCGAGGAUGUGUCGGAGACAUCACCGUUGGUCCAUUUAUCCCCUAUGGCGUCACUUGCAGCGACGAAAAAUUCCUGAAACAGGACCAUGGAGUGGGGAAAUUUCGUGCUACAGACAUCACGGAACGAAAUUUGUACGAAUUAAUGUGGGAAAUUCAGGAACGUCGUGAAUAUGAACACGAUCCGAAGGACACUCAUGCUUACGGAUCCGCGAAAUUAGCUGAUGUUCCGAUAUUAGAAGCCCAAAAAUCGCAAGAAACGCUAAAUUUGAAGCCAUUUGAUAAGCCAAUGCUCGAAGCUGGGGGCGUAAAAGUGCAUUUCAUGUCCAUCGAUGACGUCCUGCAACUUCAUGAAAAGCCAAAAUUCCACCAAAAGUUCGAUUUGAUGUUUGUAGCUGCCAAUUAUUUCACUUUUCUAAAGGAAUGUCACCAAAAACAGCUCGCUCCAAAGGCAAUGAUGAUUUUUGAGACGCGUCGUUACUCGACAAUGACUAAAAAAGAAAUCGCCGAUUUUUUGGCGCAGAUUAAAAAUUACGCGAAAAGCUUAAAUCUCGAAGCCGUAACAAAUUUCGCGAUUAACACUCAAUAUUCGAUGAUAAAAUAUAAACUUAAGGAAUAA